AUGUCUAUAACAGAGGGUACCAUCCCAUUUACAGUGAACGGUGAAACCUUUCACACGUGGUACAAGAUAGCAGGAGACAUAACAUCCGCUCAGCGCCCUCCACUUGUUGUCCUUCACGGCGGCCCUGGAGGCUCUCAUGACUACAUGCUGCCCCUUGUAGACCUCACCACCAGAGAUCCUCCCACCACCGUGAUCUUCUACGACCAAAUCGGGACCGGGCGCUCCUCGCAUAUCCAGAACAAACCCUCUUCAUUCUGGUCCAUCGAGCUCUUCGUCAACGAGCUCGAAAACCUCCUCGCCUACUUCUCCCUGGCCGAUAAAAGAUACGAUCUGCUCGGGCAAUCAUGGGGAGCACAACUCGGGGCCGAGUUCAUCAUUCGCCGGCAGCCACGAGGGCUCAGACGGCUUAUUCUCGCAAAUGGCCUUGCCAGUGCGAAGCUCCGGAACGAAGCGAGGUGGAAACUCAUGGCAAAGCUCCCGGCCGAGGUGGGAGAGACCAUCAAGAGGCACGAAAAGGAAGGGACGACGCUUGCUGAGGAAUACAAAGCGGCAUGGCGCGUCUUUUACGAAAAUUACGCGUGCCGAAUGAAGCCUAUUCCAGCUGAAGUCAUUCAUACCAUCGGGCAGACUGAAGAUGAUGAUGGAGGAGCUAUAAAUGUCCUUGAAUUUGAAUGGGAUAUCAUCGAUAAGAUCCAUCUCAUCCGCGUCCCGACCCUGAUCAUCAAUAGCGAAUAUGAUUAUAUGACCGACGAAGUCUGCGCGCCCUUCUUCUGGAGAAUCGACAAGGUCAAAUGGGUGAAAUUUGCGCAUUCUAGCCAUAUGCCUCAAUGGGAGGAGAGGGAACGUUAUAUCGAUGUUGUAGACGAAUUUCUUGGUCAGGUGUAA